UAUUACUGUAGCACGUUUGACGGUGUCUUCCGGUACCCACUUCUGUCAAAAAUGGCUCGUCUACUGCCAUUUAAAAUCGCCGUUGUUUUUACUAUUUUUUUCUUCUUAUGCACGAGUUUCGUCUGUUGUAACAACGGCAGAAGGGUUGGCGAUGCUUUAGACACUGAGUUCAGCGGUUUCUCUGUGCCUCUUGAACAUUCCUUUGAAGUUGAUGAUGUAGCUAAAUUUCGGGUACGUGGAGCGCUGAUAUUGAAAGCUGGAAGGGAGCCGAGCGUCUCACUAAGUCAGAACCAGCUAUCAGAGGAGGACAGAACCAAACUGAAGGAAGUGGCUGCCGUGGACGGUCUGUACAGAAUCCGAGUGCCUCGUGUCUUCCUGCAGGCAGACAGACAGACAGAGCGACAGAUGGAGGGUUACCUCACAGCGUUUGUCAGAGCUUGCGCCAUGGUCGAGUCCCAUCUGAGCGACGUGAUCGCCCUCCACACCGACGUCUCCGGAUACCUCAUCGGCGUCUCCAUAGUGACGUUACCCGGAGCCUGCAGGGGCACCGAGGUGGAGGACGAGGUCGAUCUCGAGGUUUUCAACACCACGCUCAGCGUCGUGGCUCCCGUCAACGCACCUGGACCUGAGACGGCUCUGUUCCUUGAACGAAUGGAACAGGAAUCUGAGAAGAAAGGGAAGAAUCCACAAGAGCAGAAAUCUUUCUUCGCUAAAUAUUGGAUGUACAUCGUGCCUCUCGUUCUCUUCCUGAUGAUGUCUGGUGCUCAGGACCAAUCAGGAGGAGGAGCCGGGGGCGGAGCAGCUAACGGAGGCGGCCGAUGAUCAACACGCUAACAGUUGUUUUUGUGAAGAUUUACUGAACAAUAAUUCUCUUGGAACAGUUUUUAAUUGCUGUACAUAAUGCUAUUUAAGGAAAAUAAACGUCCGUCACUCACAACUGAAACCUGUACAGUAGAGAGAAGAUAAUGUGUCCUGCAGAUGACUGCGUUUUUAAUUCUAAUGUGAAAAUAAAGUAUUUAUUACUUGAA